CUCCGCGACUGAGGGAGGGAGACCCUCGUGUUCCGUGUGCUGUGCUGUGACCCGCUGCCGGGAGCUGUGAGGAGAGCCCGGCGAGCUGGGAAUCCGCCAUGGAUGCAGUGACCUAUGAGGAUGUGCAUGUGAACUUCACUCAUGAAGAGUGGGCUUUGCUGGAUCCUUCCCAGAAGAGUCUCUACAAAGAUGUGAUGCUGGAAACCUACUGGAACCUCACUUGUAUAGGUUACAAAUGGGAAGACCAUAAUAUUGAAGAACAUUGUCAGAGCUGUAGAAGAAAUGGAAGGUGUGUCAUCUGUCACUCUGGAUACAAUUCAUGUGAGCAUAAGGGACAUGAAAAAAAGCAUGGUACUUCUGUCUCUCUGAGAACAACUGGAAGAUAUGUGGUAGUUCCCACUAUGAGAAGACAUGAUGACUAUGAUAGAAGUUUACACUUAAUUGGUUUUCCAACUUCAGUGGGAAUUCAUCAAGAAACUCUCAUUGGAGAAAAACCUUAUGAGUACCAGGAAUAUGGAAAUUCAGCUGUCUCUACUGGUUCACUGUGCACAUGUAGUGUGUCUCACAGUAUAAGAAAAUGUUAUGAAUGCAAUCAGUGUGGUCAGACCCUGAAUUCUUCAUGUUCUGUUCAAAGAUGUGAAAAAGCUCAUGUGGGAAGAGAAAAUAAUAAAUGUGAGUCAUCUACUAAAGGCUUUAGGCUUGACAGGCAUGGUCAAACACACCAAACAACCAGUAAUGAAGAGGCUCUCUAUGAAUGUAAUCAACAUGAUAAAGCCUUUAUAUCUGAUUGCUCUUUAGAAGUAUACCAAAGAAUUUAUUUGGAAGGAAAACCCUAUGAGUAUAAUCAAAGUUAUAAAGCCUUUGGAUGUGAUACUCUUCAUCAUCACGUACAUAGAAUUCAAACUCAAGAGAAAUGGUAUGAAUGUAAUCAAUGUAGUAAAGCCUUUGUACAGAUGAGUGAUCUUCACAGACAUGAAAGAGUUCAUACUGGAGAGAAAACAUAUGAAUAUAAUCAAUGUGAUAAAGCUUUUGCAGAGAUGAGAAAUCUUCACAGUCAUGAAAGAUUUCAUACAAGAGAGAAACCCUAUUUAUAUAAUCAAUGUGGUAAAGCCUUUACAGGAAAGAGUAGUCUUCAAAGUCAUGAAAGAAUUCAUACUGGAGAGAAACCCUAUGAGUGUAAUCAAUGUGAUAAAGCCUUUGCACAAAAGAGUAGUCUUCAAAGACAUGAAAGAAUUCAUACUGGAGAAAAACCUUAUGAAUGUAAUCAAUGUGGUAAAGCCUUUGCACAGAAGAGUAGUCUUCUAAUUCAUAAAAGAAUUCAUACUGGAGAGAGACCCUAUGAAUGUAAUCAAUGUGGUAAAGCCUUUGCAAAAAAGAGUUAUCUUCUCACCCAUGAAAACCUCCAUACUGGAGAGAAACCCCAUGAAUGUAAUCAAUGUGGUAAAGCCUUUGCAAUGAAGAGUUAUCUUCUCAGCCAUGAAAGAAUUCAUACUGGAGAAAAACCUUAUGAAUGUAAUCAGUGUGGUAAAGCCUUUGUACAGAAGACUAGUCUUCAAAUUCAUGAAAGAAUUCAUACUGGAGAGAAACCCUAUGAAUGUAAUCAAUGUGGUAAAGCCUUUACAAAAAAGAGUUAUCUUCUCACCCAUGAAAGAAUUCAUACUGGAGAGAAACCCUAUGAAUGUAAUCAAUGUGGUAAAGCCUUUGCAAUGAAGAGGUAUCUUCUCAGCCAUGAAAGAAUUCAUACUGGAGAGAAACCUUAUGAAUGUAAUCAAUGUGGUAAAGCCUUUGCACAGAAGAGUAGUCUUCGAAUUCAUAAAAGAAUUCAUACUGGAGAGAAACCCUAUGAAUGUAAUCAAUGUGGUAAAACCUUUAUACAGAAGAGUAGCCUUCUAGUUCAUGAAAGAAUUCAUACUGGAGAGAAACCAUAUAAAUGUGACAUAUGUGGUAAAGCCUUUGCACAGAAGAUUAGUCUUCAAAGUCAUGAAAGAAUUCACGGAGAGAAACCCUAUGAAUGUAAUCGAUGUGGUAAGGCCUUUGCAACAAAGAGUUAUCGUUUCACCCAUGGAACAAGUCAUAUGGGAGAGAAACCCUAUGAAUGUAAUCAAUGUGGUAAAGCCUUUGUACAUAAGAGUAGCCUUCUAAGUCAUGAAAGAAUUCAUACUGGGAGACCCUAUAAAUAUGACCAAUGUGGUAAAGCAUUUGCAAAGAAGAGUUAUCUUCACAGUCAUGAGAAUUCAUACUGGACAGUAACAUAUGGAUGUAAUCAAUGUGAUAAUUUCAGAUGUGAGCUGAUGUGAGCUGCCAUGUGGGUAUUAAAACUGAAUUGUGUUUUCUACAAGAGGUGCUUGCUGGAGUCCAGUGUCAUAGGCUUCAGGUCCCAAAGAAGAGAUCAGGCAUCAGUAGAGGAAGGAGACCGCCAUGAUCUGAGCAUGAAGCAGUAUAGCUGGAGAGUUAUUGAAAAACAACUACAUGUUUUGUGCUCUAUAACUGAAUCUUAGUUUAGACUCAAGCAGGUUAAAAACAGACUUUGUGAUUCCAGGAUAAAAGCAGCCAUCAACCUCAUUACAGCAUUUUUCCUGGGGCAAAAAGUGAUAAAUUCAGCAAGUAUCUUCAUGCCUUUCUGGAUGUGAACCCAUUGUUUCCUUUUAUAGUUGCUUUCAUCCUUGGAACUAGGUGUGUCCAGUUAGUAAAUCAUUAAGUUCUCUAGUUUUGGUGUAAUCAGGGGGACACAAUGGGGCUUCUUGUGUGGGAGUAGGCAUAGUAAUGACAUUGUGUGGUUCCAUGGUGGUGGGAUUUUUUCCAAGAAUUUUGUUUAAAGAGACUGUCUUGCCUAUGUAUAUGUUCCUGUCCUCCAGUGUAGCCAGCAAAAUAAAUUUCCCACAGUAAAAGGCAUAAGGAAACUCCAUAACAUAUAGUGAGAAUUGUUAAAAUUGAAAUAAAAAUGAUGCUGGAGAA